CGCCAUGGGCGAAGAUUUCACUUCGUGGACUUUACAGUCAGCUUUGGACAACACUGGACCUCAGCAAUCAGGUUCUCUCAAGGACCAGUUUGCGCGUCUCGUAGACCCUAAUGAAGAUCCGGCUUUUGUGAAGGAGUACACGAACGCAAUAAACACUCAGCUAUUGAAGGAACAUUCAGAUCAGAACGCGACUCAGCCUGGGUUUACCAAGUUUACUACCGCGUGCAUCGGUGUUGGCGUGGUGUCCUCGAUGGUGGCAAUCAUCCGUCAGGAAUGGUCUGGCCCACGUGUACCCAAGGAAAGAUACAUGGCUCAAUGCAAUGCACAAGAAAUCCUUUGCAACCUGAUACCACAAGAAAUCCUUUGCAACCUGAUACGCAUUGGAAACGAUGCAGACCGUCAUGCUAUCCUCGACAAGCUACUACAAGAGAACAUCGUAGACAUUUGCUUACGGCGCAUGCAGCACCCACUAUGCAUAGUGCAGCAGAGUGCCGUGAACACGCUGGCUGUCCUGUCGUCGAGCGCUGCGCUUGGGAAAAAGGUCACUGCGUCUACUGCAGCCGACAUUACCGAAGCUGCCUGUGUCUACGCUCUUCGAGGUCAAGAUUACUACGUCAAGCAGAUCCUUGAUCCUUCGACUACAUGGCAAAGCUUCAUAUUCACCCAUACAGAUAACAUGCCUUCGAGGCUUUCCAGCAAGUAUUCUGCGAGGUAUCAUGCCAUAACCCAAGAUUCCGCCAUGGCCACCGUCGACGGCAUCCUCGGCCUGUUUCCUCCCCAUGAAUCCCAGUUCUACCUCGACAUGCUCAAGAAAAAGCCGCAGAUCAUGGAUCUCCUCCUCGAUUGUGCAGCUCUCCCUCGUCCAGCUCAGCACCCAGAGAACCAGGUUGCGUCUAGAGCGUGCACGGCGCUUUGCUCGAUGUUGGAUUAUCCAAGCCAGAUAGUACCUGGAUCCACAUUGCCGCUGGACCGCAAUUUCAAAACGGGCCCGGACUGGAAGGCGAUGUCACAAAUAAUGGUUAUCAUGACGUCUCGUCCGGACUGGGCAGAAAAACUCGUCGACGUGUGGAUGCAGAUUCACGAAGAAGACAUGCGGCAAGUAGAGAGAAAUUUAGAAAAGGUCACGAGUGAUUCCGGAACACUGGAUCCCCCACAUAGCAGAUCCCUUGGUGAAAUCUACGAGAGGCGCGGUUGUUGCCGUAUUUCCGUGCUGCGGUUACUCGCAACACUCACCCAUGCAGCAGAGUCAUGCGGUAUCACCAACGCCCAGCUCGAAUCCUUCCUCCACAUAGCCUACCUCGGGUGUCGCAAGUUUAAAGGAAUGCAAGACCCCGAUCUCGCCAGGGACGAGACGUACCCCAGCAUCGAGAACAACUUCGAGCGCUUCAACAUCCCCUCCCUGCGGGACCUCGGGCCCAUGCCGACCGACAACCCUCAGUUCACCGCCAGCCAAUCCGUGCUCGGCCCCGUUGCACUCAUCCGGCUCCUGUGCGUCCUCGCAGAGCGGAAGGCGCUCGACGGCAUCCAAGCGCUGCGCAAAGCGCCCGCCGGGCUCUCGUCGUCGACGUCGCUCGGCCACGUUCAGCAGAUCACGAAUCCCGAUAUCAUCUGCCGCGUCAUCAGCAUGGCGCACGCGCGCAUAGCCGCGCAGACGGAGCGCGGGCUCAAGCUCGUGCGGGAGAAGGAGAGCGAGCGGGACUAUGUGUCCGCGUGGAUGAUGUUCAGGAGCGCGGCGGAGCUCGCGGGCGCGCUGAUGGCGCUCGACAGGCACAUGGAGGGGCGGUACGCGGCUGAGGCGCGCGGCGCGCGGAGGCGGUAUGUUAUGGCGAUGGGGAACGCCGCACAGAUGACGCUCAACCUCGGGUAUUGGGGGCACGCGAUGUUCACCACGAUGAAUGCGGUUGACGCGGCCGAGGAUAUCGAUCCUAUGGAAGGGUUGGAUCCCGCGAUUAUCAAGAAGAACGAACGGCGGCUUUUGCAAGCGAAUGCCGCGAAUACUGCACAUCGCUCAAGUGGGCACUCAUAGAUUGUAGUUGCAGAAGUUCACCAAGGUGCUGGCAGAGUAGCAUGGAGAGACAGAUUUCUUCAGAGUAGCAUGGCGUAUGGGUAACCAGACAUAAAUCAUUCGCUGUUGAUUAUUCGCACAGCCGAUGUCCCUUCAAUCAACGGUAUAUUACCGAGGAGUAUAUGUACUUGCUAUUGAACGUGGAAUCAACCGAAC